GGAUUCCAACAAGGAUACCAUCGGAUUUCAUCACUGCUCCUCAUACAAGAUCAAUAAUCAAAAAUUCACCAGGAUCAUGCGAGUCCUUUGGCUUUUUCUUAUUGUUGGAUCCAUGGCGCAAGAAGACAUGGAUAGAAAUAUCUUCUUCUUCCCCAAAAGGUCUGUCGAUGAUUAUGUGCUUCUGACACCAACGAUGACUGGGUCUUUAAAUAAAUUCACCGUUUGCUUGAGGAGUUACGCACAACACGGACGCUCUGCCCUAUUUAUCGUGGGCAACCCAGAGUCAAAGAUCCACAAUAUGUUUGUUAUUUUCCAGUCCACUUUACCUUAUUCCAAACCAUAUUUUGAUUCCAGUAUCUACAUUAACAAUAGUCAGGUGUCCAUAACUGCAAAGGCAGAUAUUCUGGAGUGGAUACACAGGUGUGUGACCUGGGACUCUGACACUGGAGUUCUACAGCAUUGGGUUAAUGGAAAAGUCUCCCCUCUUGCUGUCCUGCAGAGAGGCUUUUCUAUUGAUCUCCAGGACGGCAUUUCCCUGGGUCAGAUGCGGAGAAAUGGUGCAACUGGGUGGGAUCCUCAAGCUUCCUUUCAAGGGGAAAUAAGUGACGUCCAUAUGUGGAAUGAGGUUUUAUCUCCUGAGACCAUAAGGCAGGUUCUGCUAAAUAAUAGGGAUAUCAAUGGCAAUGUCAUUAGCUGGAGGUCUCUGAGCUACACAAUUAAAGGAGAUGUCAUUGUCCAACCCAAACUCUACUGAAGACGUGGAAGGGAUUCUUUGCACAUACAUUGCUAAUGGAGAUUAAACUAUGCCAACUGAAAUAAGUUGCUUUUAGUAUAUACCCGUGUUUAACAAGAGCUCAAGAAAUACUGCAAAAAAAACACUUUGUGACUUGUAGAACACAUAAAGGAUAUUAAAUGACAUUGUUAAAGACAUUAUGUUUGUAUUUCAGCACUAAUUAUAUUGUGCACAAUAUAGUUACCUGUUUAAUCAUCUUCCCAGUAAAAUGUUAUAUGACAAUAAUAAGUGCAGUAUAUAGCAGAAACUGUUAGAAGAACCACUUACCAAUAAUAAACAUUUAGUCCUAACCAUA